CCAACUUCAGCAUCGCAUUUCCCUAGUCACCAAACAAAACAAAACAAAACUCCUAUAUAAUGAGCCGCCAGCUUCCCAUUGGGCAGCGGAGACUGAACAGUGUUUGAUUGAUGCUUGUUUAUUUGUCAUCAUCAUCGUUAACCCACCUCCACUUUCCACUCUUUUAGUCCUUCCAAUUCCAAACUUCCCAACUCCACAAACACUUUUGGAUCUCACAAUGCAUUCGUCACAAUCUCUUCUUGUCCUUUUGAUCGCUCUAAGUCUGCUCGGAUUGGUAGUGGGUGAAGAUGGGUUUUGCUCUGCGGGUUCUGUGAUUAGCAGCUCGCCUUCGGAAUCGAAUUAUCUGUAUUGGAAAGUCACCAAUCCCACGCUCUCUCCUUCUCAUCUUCAAGACUUGCCAGGUUUCACACGCAGUGUUUAUAAGAGAGACCACGCUUUGAUAACACCUGAGAGUCACGUGUUCAGUCCUUUACCUGAAUGGACAAAUACAUUAGCGGCCUAUUUGAUAACACCGGCCAUGGGUGCGCACUUUGUGAUGUACCUCGCAAAGAUGCAAGGGAAUUCGGAAUCUGGACUCCCUUCUUCUGAUGUUGAGAGGUUCAUAUUUGUGGUUGAGGGUUCUGUGACAAUGACUAAUGUUUCGGGAGCUAGCCACACACUUAAGGUUGAUUCAUAUGCAUAUUUAUCUCCGAACUUCAAACAUUCACUCAAGUGUGAAGCAUCUGCUACUCUCAUAGUCUUUGAGAGAAGACAUGCCUCUUUAGAGAACCUUGUAACUGAGCAGAUUGUGGGUUCAACAGAUCAGCAACCGCUUCUUGAAACUCCUGGAGAGAUCUUUGAGCUUAGGAAGCUUCUGCCCACUUCUAUACCAUAUGACUUCAAUAUCCAUAUUAUGGAUUUUCAGCCUGGAGAAUAUCUCAACGUUAAGGAGGUCCAUUAUAAUCAACACGGUUUAUUGCUUUUGGAGGGACAAGGCAUUUACCGCUUGGGCGAUAGCUGGUACCCUGUUCAAGCUGGUGAUGCGAUUUGGAUGGCGCCAUUCGUGCCUCAAUGGUAUGCUGCACUGGGUAAAACUCGGUCACGAUAUUUGCUGUACAAAGAUGUAAAUAGGAAUCCCUUGUAGUCAUAUUUGACAUGAGAAUAUGUGAUUUGAACAGAUUUUGUGUUGUGCUACAGGUAGUAUGUGCGUAGUAAACAACCAAAUAUUUGUCACGCUUGUUUUCUGUAGUUUAAAGGCACUUUGAAUUGCCUCGUUAAUUUAUGCUAAACUUCUUAAUGAUUUAAUAGUGCACAAA